GUCCGUAAUGCGGGAAUAAUCCUCUUGGCCAGGACCCCUGCACUACGUCCAUGGGGUAGCAUGCAGGGGAUUGUGUUGUUUGCACGUGUCUGCUGCAGAGGAGAGGCAGCUCGGCAAGCCCCGUUGUUAGAAAAUGAACGUGAACUUGGACUCUAUCCAUCGACUCAUUGAGGAAACCCAAAUCUUCCAGAUGCAACCAUCAUCGACGCAAGCCAGCGUGGACGUCGCAACGGCCCCGUCCUCCCCGGUGGACACCGGCCAGUCCAGCUUUGCAUUCUCCGGGGGACACCCUCCAGCCACCAGCAACUUCAGAGCGCAAUCGCUCUGCACCAGCAGAUGGGACAUUUGCGAAGAGCUCCGCCGGAGGGAGCUCCGGGAAGCCCAGGCCCGGGCGGCGCAGAUGGAGAAGACCAUGCGCUGGUGGUCAGACUGUACGGCCAACUGGAGGGAGAAGUGGAGCAAGGUCCGAGCAGAAAGGAACAGCGCCAGGGAGGAGGCGAGACAGCUCCGGGUCAAGCUGGAGAUGACCACGAAGGAGCUGAGCGCUCUCAGAAAGAAGCAGAGACUGUCACUGCAGCAGGAGGUGUCCGAGGCCAGCGCCCCCCAAGACCUGGACUCCCCUAGAUUCCCCGAAGGCUUCUGUGGUGGCAGAGGCCCAUCUCCGUGGGGCGCGGGCGUGGCUGUGACUGCCCGAGAGCAUUUGGUCAGAAGACAAGCUGAAGAAGAGGACACAAAUAGUAAGGAAGAACAUAUGGUUUUUGAUCCACUUAGAGUAAAUGAGGAAAUGAAACUCAAAGCAUCCUGUACAGAUGUGGGCACAAAUGGUAGCUGUAGACUCUGUGCCAUGUCAUCUGGCCUGACAUUGAAAGCAGGAAGCCUGCGCUUGGGGAACGAAGUUCCAGAAAGUUCAGCUUCACAGGUGCAUUUGGUUGAGUGCCAAAAAAUCUUAUGGAAGGAAAGAGAAAUGCGUGCAGCGUUGGAAAAAGAAGUAGAGCGGCUAGAGUCGGCUUUGUCUCUGUGGAAAUGGAAGUAUGAAGAGCUGAGAACAAUCAAAAGCUGCAAACCUGAGAAAGGUGGCCCGCAAGGAUGCACAACACACAAUGAAGAAAAGCCAGAAGAUUAGUGUCUUGGGAAACUAAUGCAAGGUUUCUCAACUGAAGAAAAGCUUGUGCAACUAAGGUGUUGGAGUGUUCAAACCGAAUAUGUGGUCUUUGAUAAAGUGAUGAUGUAAUAUCAUAUAAGGACAAACAUCAAUUCCAAAAGGAAUAUAUAUAUAUAUACAUAUAUAUUUAUAUAUAUCUCAAAGUUAAUACCUUGAGCUGGAUGUGGUGGUUCACACCUUUAAUCCCAGCACUCAGGAGGCAGAAAUAGGAGGAUCACUGUGAGUUUGAGGCUACCCAGUGACUACAUAGUUAAUUCCAGGUCAGCUUGGGUUAGAGUAAAACCCUACCAUAAAAAAUACUAAUACAUUAAGAAAAACAUGUUUCUAGAAAAUACAAAUAUGAUAUAGUACCUGUAACAUGGGAAAAGAUGGUGUGAGUUAGUCACUGACAUGCAUUAUACUUAUAGGACACAAGGAUGAGGCCCAUCCUCUGUAGGAACACUAUCCUUCUAGCGGAAAGUAUUUAGUGACAUUAGCAGGUUCAUCUCAUCAGCCCAUUGACUGGCCAUCUCCUACUCCCUGUGUCCUGAAAUUCUAAUCACCUUAAUUCACUCUUAAGUAUAAACUGGUAUCUAAGUUUGAAAGUUGAAGAAAGGUUUUAAUAUGGACAAAGAAAAUUUUAGCUAAGCAACAGAAUUAACACAUUUUUAGUGGGAAAUAACAAUACUAAUAGUAUAUAAAGACAAGGAAAUUCACACACACUGUGGAAGGGAAGGAAUAUGUAUUGUUGCAUCCACUUGGAAAGAAAGCAAAACUUGAGCUAUCCAAGGACCCUCUGUGUUUGUGCACACACAUGUACAGACACACACAUGCAAAAGAAAUGAAACUAAGAUGUAAAUAUAUAUGUGCAACUGUGAUUAUUAUAGAUCUAUACACAAUAGCUAAGAUAUGGAAAGAACUUAAGUGUAUAUCAAUGAAUGCAUGGAUUAAUAAACUAUUGGACAUAUAUAAAAUGUUACUCAGUCCUAAAUAGAACAAAAUCUUACUUAUUCCCAAAAUGGAUGAAAAUGGAAAAAAAAAAAUUAUACUACAUAAAAUAAA